UUUGGCUAAAGACGAGUCUGUGUCAUGAGAGACACAAGUCGGUCAGUAAACAGACAAAUCUCCCGUUUUCCUUUUUUUUUGGAUUCUUCGUCUUAAACAUACUGAAUAAUAGUGUUUUCUUGUUUCUUUUGUGAGUUUUUCUCAAACUGGUCAAAGCUUUCAAACACCAGGAAUCAUCACUCUUACUGCAUUUCAUCAUUUCUAUUCAUGAUUUCUUCCCCACACACGUCGUGGUACCCCUAACUGGAGAAACAUCAUAAUCUGUAAAAUGUCCUCAUGUGUUUGUUGUUAUUUAUAAGUUUCUUAUUGUCACAUAGAUUUUUUUAAAAAAUCUCAACCUGCUAGUUUCAGUAAGUUUCUUUUGUUAUUUUUUCUUCUCUUUGAUGGAAAAAAGAAGAAGAAGAAGAAGAUUGGUCCCCUUACUUUUUUCUCCAGCCAGUCUGAUAAUGGCACUUCUCUGAUAAGGACACUGCAACAGAUUCUUCUUCAGAAAAUCUUCAUUUAAAAAAUUAUUAUUCCUGAUAUUGUUAAACUUGCAACUAACUAGUUAGAAGAACUCAACCCACUUUUCUCUCUUUUUGUUUACUGUUCUUUUUUUUUCUUCAACAUUAUAUAUCUUUUGUUUUUGACUUUCUUGCAGGAUAAAAAGACUUUCUUUACAUCCCACUUAGAGCUGUUACUAUUGUUCUGCUCCAAUGAAUGCAGAAAGAAACUAAAGGCAAAGUUUGUUCCAUUAAAAACCUUUGAAUGGAUGUAGCAACAGAUACUAUUACUACAAGACGGCGUCUACUCCCAUCAGAUAAGAACAAUGCAUCCGCUGCCACUCGACGUCCUCGAACACCAACAGAGAUCAGUUCAAGAUACAGAUCACCGACACCAACCAGAACCGGGAGAUGCCCUUCCCCAAGCCUCACAAGGCCUACUGUUUCUUCCAUCUCUCAAUCCGUAUCUGCCAAAAGAGCAGUUUCGGCCGAGAGGAAGCGUCCUUCAACACCUCCAUCUCCCACUAGCCCAUCCACGCCUAUACGCGACGUGUCUAUAGACUUGCCGGCUUCGUCUAGGAGGUUAUCUACAGGUCGUUUGCCUGAAAGCUUAUGGCCUUCUACUAUGAGAAGCCUCAGCGCUUCUUUUCAGUCUGAUUCUGUCUCAGUCCCUGUUCGUAAGAAGGAGAGACCGGUUAGUAGCUCUGGUGACCGAACACUGAAACCUUCUUCAAAUAUAGCUCAAAAGCAGAAGGCUGAAACGGUCUCUUUGUCAAGGAAACCCACGCCAGAGAGGAGAGUAAGUCCGUUGAAAGGGAAGAACAACGCCUCUGAUCUUUCAGAGAAUUCGAAACCUGUGGAUGGUCAGCAUAGUCGGUUAAUAGAACAGCAUCGAUGGCCUAGUAGAAUCGGUGGAAAGAUCAGUUCGAACUCACUAAACAGAAGCUUGGAUCUUGGAGACAAGGCUUCAAGGGGUCUGUCUACUUCAGGACGACCGUCUCCUAGGAGAAUGUCACUACCUUUGUCCAACGGUUCGAAACCUUUACAUAAAAAUUCUCUAAACACAUCUAGUAACGGUGAUUUGUUGUCUCCCACGAAGUCGGAAGAUAAUAACAUAGCUCGGAGUUCAGGAGCUCAAAGACUUUUGUCUGCAAGUUCGCUAGAUAGAGCGUCCUUAGCAACGGCUGUAGCUAAGCUUCAUCCAUUAUCUCGCCCUGCUUCACCAAGCAGAACUUCGUUUUCGUCUUCAUCAUCGUCUGUCUCCCGAGGCAUGAGUACUUCGAGAGGAGUGAGUCCAUCAAGAGGUCUAAGCCCUGCACGAGGGUUGAGUCCUGCAAGAGGGUUGAGUCCUUCGCGUGUCACAAGUUCUUCCUCUUUUGCGAGACCAUCAACUCCACCUUCAAGAGGGGUAAGUCCUUGCCGGAUAAGACAAACCAGCGAAUCAAGUACCGCAACUUCGGUUCUCAGCUUUAUCACGGAUGUCAAGAAAGGCAAAAAGGCAAACUACAUCGAAGACGUUCAUCAACUGCGUCUGCUCCACAAUAGGUAUCUACAGUGGCGGUUUGUCAUUGCGCGAGCUGAAGCUGCAAUGUACAUUCAACGGUUAACUUCCGAGGAAACACUAUUUAAUGUGUGGCAUGCGAUAUCAGAACUUCAGGAUGAUGUGACCAGCCAAAGGAUUGGCCUGCAACAGCUGAAGCUAGAGAUCAAACUCAACUCACUAUUAAACGAUCAAAUGGUGAGCCUUGAAGAAUGGGCCACACUUGAAAGAGAACAUGUUAGUUCUUUAGUUGGAGCCAUAACAGAUUUAGAAGCAAAUACACUCCGCCUUCCAGCCACUGGAGGAACAAAGGCGGACGUUGAAUCUUUGAAAGCAGCUAUGUCCUCGGCACUCGAUGUGAUGCAGUCUAUGGGAUCGUCCAUUUGGUCUUUACACUCAAAGGUGGAGGAGAUGAAUAAAAUGGUUUCAGAACUCGCUGAUGCAGUUGCAAGAGAGAGUUCUAUGCAAGGAAAAUGUGAAGAUCUUCUUGCGUCAACUGCGAUCAUGCAGAUAAAAGAGUUUAGCCUCAGGACUCAUCUGAUACAAACUAGGAGAGAAGAAGAAGCAGAUGUGGAGACUCCUCCAGUGUUGCCACAAAGCAAGUUUCCAUGGCCAUAAAUAACACACCAAAGGCUCAACACUGAUGACUAAAAUCACCUGUAAAUUGUUCUUGAUUGUUUUUUGUAUGAAACAUUAGCAUAGGGAAAGAAGGAAGUGAAAAUGGCAAGUGAAAAAGUAUUUAGAAAGUGAAAAAAAUCAAUUUAAUUGUUUAACAUGUAA